ACAGUCUAAUUUCACUUUCACUUUUGCUUUCCCUUGAAAUGACAGAGGAGCCAGGAAAAGGCCAGCAGCGUCCUUCACUACCUGGUUUAGGUGCCUGUCGGUACCAGCGGAAACCUCUGCUGGUGCCUGUUCCUCCACAGAGUUGGGGCUGUGAGCACUGCAGCCUGCUUCCUGGCCUCAGGUCCAGAAGAUGGCUGUCCUGGAGCCUUCGGAGUGGCUGGACAAGGAGCUGUACUCCAGGCAGCUGCCUGUGCUGGGCCCACCAGCCAUGCAGAGAAUUAGGGAAGCCAAAGUCCUGCUGUCAGGCCUGCAGGGCCUGGGGGCUGAGGUGGCCAAGAACCUGGUCCUGAUGGGUGUGGGCAGCCUCACCUUGCACGAUCCCCAUCCCACCUGCUGGUCUGACCUGGCUGCUCAGGUUUUUCUCUCAGAGAGAGACUUGGGAAAGAGCAGGGCUGAGGCCUCUCAAGAACACUUGGCUCAACUCAAUGAAGCUGUCCAGGUCUUCGUCCACCCCAGUGACAUCACUGAGGACCUACUGCUGAAAUUCCAGGUGGUGGUGCUGACUGCCUCCAAGCUGGAGGAGCAGUUGAUGGUGGGUGCCUUGUGCCACAAACAUGGAAUCUGCUUUCUAGUGGCUGACACCCGGGGACUCGUGGGGCAGUUGUUCUGUGACUUUGGUGAUGAGUUCAUAGUGCAUGACCCUACAGAGGCGGAACCCCUGACAGCUGCCAUCCAGCACAUCACCCAGGGCUUCCCUGGUGUCCUCACUCUGAGAGGAGAAGACAAGGAACAUUCCUUCUGUGACGGGGACUUGGUGACUUUCUCAGGCAUCAAGGGCAUGGUUGAGCUCAACAGCUGUUCUCCUCGGCCCAUCCGUGUGCAGAAGGAUCGGUCCUUGGAGAUCGGGGAUACAUCAACUUUUUCUCCAUACUUACAUGGUGGGAUUGUCACUGAAGUCAAGAGACCUGAGACUGUGAGACAUAAGCCCCUGGACAGAGCCCUGAUCCAGCCCUGUGUGGUGGCUCCAAGUGCCCAGGAAGCCCACCGUGCCCACUGCCUACAUCAAGCCUUCCGUGCACUGCACAAGUUCCAGAACCUCCAUGGUCGGCUACCGCAACCCUGGGAUCCUGUUGAUGCAGAGAUCAUGGUAACCCUUGCCCAGAACCUGGGACCACUGAAGGGGGCAGAAGAAGAGCCACUGAAUGAGGCCCUACUUCGGACAGUUGCCCUGAGUAGUGCUGGUGUCCUGAGCCCCAUGGCAUCCAUUCUGGGAGCAGUGACUGCCCAGGAAGUUCUGAAGGCAAUCUCCAGAAAGUUCAUACCCCUGGACCAGUGGCUGUACUUUGAUGCCCUUGACUGUCUUCCAGAAGAUGAGGAACUCUUUCCUAAUCCUGAGGACUGCGCCCUGAGAGACUCGCGCUAUGAUGGGCAAAUUGCAGUGUUUGGAGCUGGUUUUCAGGAGACACUGAGUCACCAACACUACCUCCUGGUGGGUGCUGGUGCCAUUGGCUGUGAGCUACUCAAAGGCUUUGCCCUAGUGGGCCUGGGAGCUGGAGCCAGUGGAGGUGUGACUGUUGUAGACAUGGACCACAUAGAGUACUCCAACCUCAGCCGUCAGUUCCUCUUCAGGCCCUGGGACAUUGAUAAGCCCAAGGCAGAGGUGGCUGCAGCAGCUACCCAGGAUCUGAACCCAGACUUAGAGGUGAUGGCGCAUGUCCAAGUCCUGGAUCAUACCACAGAACACAUCUAUGGAGACAACUUCUUCUCCCAUGUGGAUGGUGUGGUUGCUGCUGUGGACAGCUUCGAGGCCCGGCACUAUGUGGCUGCUCGCUGCAUCCACUACCUGAAGCCCCUGCUAGAGGCGGGCACACAGGGCACUAAGGGCAGUGCUUCAGUGUUUGUGCCAUAUGUGACUGAGGUUUACAAAGGCCCUGCCUCAGCUGAAGCUUCUGAGGAUGCCCCCACCCCUGUCUGUACCAUGCGGCGCUUCCCCAGCACAUAUGAGCACACCCUGGAGUGGGCUCGGAAUGAAUUUGAGGGACUCUUCCGACUAUCUGCAGAAACCAUCAGCUGCUACCAACAGGCAUGCACUUCCUUGGCAGAUGUGGAUGGGCCACAGAUGCUGACCUCACUGCAGCGGGUGCUGGGUGUCCUGCGAGUACGCCCACAGACCUGGCGAGACUGUGUCAUGUGGGCCCUUGGCCACUGGCAACUAUGUUUCCAUGAUGACAUCAUACAGCUGCUGAGCCUCCUCCCACCAGAUAAAGUGCAUGAGGAUGGAACUCCGUUCUGGUCAGGUCCUAAACGGUGUCCCCAGCCCCUGAAAUUUGACAUCAGCCAAGACAUGCACCUUCUCUACAUACUGGCAGCUGCCAACCUAUUUGCCCAGAUGCAUGGGCUGCCUGGCUCAUCAGAUCAAAUUGCGCUCAGGGAACUGCUGAACUUGCUGCUACAGACUGACCCCCCGCACCCGGCCCCCGUGCUAGCUGAGUCUGGCCCUGAACAGUUGAAAGAACUGCAGGAAGCCCUGGAAGUCUGGAGCAAGGGCCCUCCCCUGAAGUCCCUGGUGUUUGAGAAGGAUGAAGACGGUAACUUCCACAUGGACUUUGUGAGAGCAGCAGCUAGCCUGCAAUCUCAGAACUAUGGGAUCUCAGAACCAGUAGACCAUGCUCAGAGCAUGAGAAUGGUGAGCCAGAUCAUCCCAGCCAUUGCCACCACUACAGCAGCGGUGGCAGGCUUGCUGGGCCUAGAGCUGUAUAAAAUGGUGGGCAGGCCACGACCUGUUGGUGCCUUUCGUCAUACCUACCUGCACCUGGCUGAAAACCGCCUUCAACGCUCAGUACCUUCCACCCCAGCCAUCCAGAAGGGAAGGAAACGUGACAGGAAGAGGAGGCCUCUGUGGCCUGCUUGUGUCCCUUCUGGGAUCUCGGGGCCAGUAGGGCCCUGGUGGUCACUGUGCCCUUGGCCCCGGUGUAUACAUGAGUAGUCCAAGGCUCCGUAAGGAUAGGCGAGUAGGAUGUGUCCCCGGCCCUCAGCCUUGCAUUUGAGGAACAAGCAGCUUUAUCAGAGACUACAGCAGCCUGGCUCUGGCUUCCUCAGGAAGCACCACCCCCUCGCCCCCACCCCCAGCAACUGGCCUGCGUGAUGGAUCAUCUGUUUCCCUGUGUGGGCCCCAUAGCCCCAUUUCCUGUGCAGGCCCCAGCCUGGGCCCAGAUUCCACCUUCCACCCCCUACUCCCUGGCUCUGCUUCCUGCUUCUAGUCCAGCUCCUCCCCUUAAGAAAGGCUGCUAGAAACUGGGACAUGGGUUGCAACUUGGAUGAGCAAGCAGUCUCUCACU